UGGGAUUUUUGUGGAUAGCUCGCGAGAGAAAAGAGGGGAGCAAGAGGAUGGAUGAUUAGCAAGCGCAGCUAUGGCAUUUGGGGGAUUGGUAGCUUCUCCGGUGGCGACAUUGGGAAUCCCCAGAUUACUGGAUGGAGCGAAGAUCCAUCGCGUGUCCAUGAAUCGGAUGAGAGGAAAUCCAUGUCAGCUCCAAGUCCGCUGUUCCACCGAAGUGGAGCAAAUGAAGGAACUCUCGGCAGCGCAGAAACGAUGGGAAGCGCAGGUGAGAGAUGGAAAGAUCAAGGCCUUGUCGCCCAAAGAAGCCGGCUAUGCCGUCCAGCUCUCCAAGUACACAUUGUUAGAUGUUCGGCCAUCGAGUGAAAGAAGUAAGGCUUGGGUGAAAGGAAGCGUCUGGAUUCCUGUCUACGACAGUGACAAAAACAUGGAUCCUGGCGCGCUACUGAAAAAACUCUCCACUUUUGCAAUGGGAGGGUGGUGGAGCGGCUUGGCUCUUAUGAAAUACAAUGAGAGAUUCAUGCCCGACCUGGUAGCAACAGUCCCCAAGAGUGCCAACGUAAUUGUCGCUUGUCAAAAGGGACUGAGAUCCCUUGCAGCUUGUGAGCAAAUGUAUAAAGCUGGCUAUAGGAACAUUUUCUGGCUGAGUGGAGGCUUCGAUGCCGUAGAAGAAGGGGAAUUCGAACGAGAAGGUCCCCAGGCUUUGAAGCUCGCCGGGAUCGGUGGUAUCUCCGAAUUUUUGGGAUGGACUGAUGUUCAACGUCGAGCAGCUGCUAAGGAGGGAUUUGGCUAUAGAGCUGUAAUGUUUGGUCGAUUGGUAUUGGUAGUACUUGCAGUAGAUUCACUCUUCAUCGGUGCACAACAAUUGAUGCAACGAGUCCAAAUGCAUAACUAAAUGGUUAACCAAAUCAUAUUGGUGGUUUGUAUACUUUUGGCAAUUGCCUAGCUGCAGUCAAGCUCUCGUUAGCUGAUGUUAGCAGUUCAUUCUGAUAAGUUGCUUGUCUUGUUUCUACUUCU